AUGGACGCCUUCGCCAACCCCAGCGCGCAGCCCGCCAACGCGCCGCCGUCCGCGGCCGCCGCGCAGUCGUCCGGCGGCACCCGCCAGCGAAUCAUCACUUCAUGUCUCACGUGUCGUCGUCGCAAGGUUAAAUGCGAUCACAAAUACCCCGUCUGCUCUGCAUGUUCGCGCGGCAACCAUGUCUGCUAUUAUGCCAACGUCCCCAACCAGCACCAGCACGACGGACGAUCGCCGCCGUCAGCCCAGCCCUCGGCCAAUCGCGUGCACAAGCACGCCUCCAGUCAGAGCAAAGGCCAGUCCGGCCAUGCCGAGAUCAAUGCUCGUCUAGAGCGCCUCGAGUCGCUGCUCGAGCUGGCAGUGAACAAUCAGCCUCCCACCAAGCUCUCUGUAAACACGGCGAAGCAGCCGUCCCACCACCACCCGAACCAGCCCGCUCGCCGUGACACCUCCCAGAGCGAUGCCUAUGAAUCCAAGGAGAGAGCAGCCAGCUCUGCCUCUCCCAACAGCACCACCUCGGGCGACAUCCAAGCUGCCGAUGCCUAUGACGGCACGCUUCUCGUCGAGAACGGCCAAUCUCACUUCGUGUCCUCUCUACACUGGGCCCUGCUGACCGAGGAGCUCCAAGAUAUCAAGGCAAUCCUGAGCACCGAGGGCAAACAGCCUGGCCAGGUCAACGACUCGACAGCAUGGGGAGGCAUCCGUACCUCGCAGUCCUUGCUGUUCAGCAGUGGUCAGGCCGCCGGCGACACCUCGGUCUUCAUGCCAGACACACAGGAGGAGUGUUUUGAGCUUUUCGCCAUUUUCAUCCAGAAUGUGGACCCUGUCAGUCGUUUGGUGCACAAGCCUUCCCUGGGUAGGCGCUUCGCCGCCUUCACCCGAAGAUGGCAAAAUCUUACGCCCUCGUCCGCUUCGGCCCGCAGUAGCGACAAUUUCGAAGACCAUUGGAAUGAAGAACAGCUGCAGAACUUUGAGCCUCUGGCUUAUGCUAUAUUCUAUUCUGCUCUCAACAGCUUGAAGGCCGAAGUUGUUCAAACCCGCUUCAGGAAAGAUAAACUGUCGCUGUUGCGGAGGUAUCAGCAAGGUCUCGAGUUCUCCCUUCAACAAGCCGACUUUCUCACCACUUCGAGCAUCGAGGUCCUCCAAGCCUUCAUAAUAUAUCUAACGGUGCAAGCCCGCGAAGACGACAUGGGUCAGGUGUGGCCACUUACUGGCGUUGCCAUCAGGAUAGCCAUGCUACAAGGCCUGCACAGAGAGCCGAGCUUCUUCACAUCCUCCAUGGAUGAAGUUCAGGUGGAGAUUCGCCGCAGGAUGUGGCAUCAAAUCUGUCAUUUGGACUGGAGGGCGUCAGAAGGCAAGGGUAUGGAGCCAACCAUUUCCGAUGACGACUUCACCACCUUAUUACCGCGGAACGUGAGCGACUCCGACCUGCUCGAGGGCCGGCCACCCCCAACCAACCCGUAUUUGGAGGAGGAAGGGGUCACGGACAUGGCUCUUCAGCUCUGUCGUCUGAGCAUGAUCCAGUGCUUCCGGAAAAUCGCGCAGAACGCAUACCGGCUUGAUCGGAAAUGCAAAGAUUCGCGCUUGCGAAACAGCAAUCUCGACAUUGUCCCCGAGCUUCAGGCUCUCUUUGAAGAGACUAAGCGGAUGGUGGACGAAGUGCAUACCAAAAAUGAACGAUGUACCCUCCGAUACUGCCGCCUUGAUGUUACGGUUGAAAGGAUGACGAUCGGUUUAAGCGCUAAUCUGGAGUGGAGAUGCUGGUUGAUAUUCUGGAGUGGCGUUCCGAAGGACCUGAGGAGAGUCGUCAUCAACGAUGAUGUCCGCACCAUGAUCCUGACACGAUCAGUGUCUCUGAUCGAGUCGCUCAAUCGAGUUUCUCACGACAAGGACGCCGAACAGUUCCAGUGGCACAUUGGUGGACAUGCUGCUUUCCAAGCAAUCAUGCACAUCCUCGCUGAGCUUCGCGAUCCCGAGUUCAGUGGUUCGAAAGACCCCAUCAUCCGAUCCCGAGCCCUACGAGCCUUGCAUACUGUUCUGGGCUUGAAAGGUCGCUCGGAGUCGAAUACUUGGGCAGUGAUAAAGCGCAUGGUUGACAGGCUGGACCCCAACCAUGAACAUGCCAAACCGGGACCCAUGAGCGGUAUCUCCAAGGAACGCUUCGGUGAAGAUGAGUUGAGUGUCAUGUACUUCGCAAAAAGCCCCAGCCCGGCGGCCUCGCACAAUGUCUCGCAGCCAUCUUCGAUCAAAUCACCCCCUCAAUCUCAAGUAUCCAUCCCGGCCCACCCAUCGACACAAGCGGCGGCGCCGGCGCCGCCGCCGGUCGCAACUCCAACCGCGGUUUCGCAACAGGAUUACGCAUUCUUCUCGCCCGCGCAAGUCACAAUGCCUGGCUCAGACAUGAGGAGCAGCAUCGAUGCUAGGUAUCAAUCAGGGAACCAGAGCAUGGCAGGGUACAUUGCUGAAAUGGAACGGGGGAACGCCGGGAUGAGUGAGGCAAAUACCAGCGCAUGGUUGCAGGAUAUGGCCAUGGAUAUGGACUGGGCAAGUAACUUUUGCGCAGUUAAGAUUGGUCAAGGCUAA